AACUAGUUGGUUAUUUUUGGCCACUGUAUAAAUUCGCAAAAGUACCCGACAGUAUAAAAAGAGAGCAAGUUGGCAGAGGUUCAAUCACUUUCUUUCGAGCCGCACACGAGCCGGAUCAUGAGGACCUUUGUGUGCGUUUUGUUAGCGGCCGUUGUGGUCAGUGCCUCGCAGGAGGCCGCAGCCCCUGCUGCAGCUGAGAAGGGAAAGCAAGGCGCCGCCGACCUGGGCACUGCAAGUUUGGGACUUGAAGGCCUCUCGCUCGGCUCUGGAAUUGGCCUCGGAGGCUACUCGGGCUUGGGACUCGGCGGUCUGGGCGGCUACUCCGGUCUAGGACUUGGGGGUCUUGGAGGCCACUCUGGACUGGGCAUCGACAACAUUGGCGGUCUUGGUUAUGGAGGCCUUGGUUUGGGCUCUGGUCUUGGUCUGCACAGCUCACUGCCCGUCACAAUCACUCGCACCGUGGCCGUACCCCAUCCGGUUCCUGUUCCAGUUGUGAAGACAGUGGCUGUUCCUGUUGUAAAGACUGUGGCCGUUCCGGUCCCCAUUGUUCGCCAUGUACCUGUUCCCAUUGUGAAGCACGUUCCCGUUCCUGUUGCCACCCCGAUUAAGGGUGGAUACUACGGCUAUGGACAGGGAGGUGCCCACUCUCUCGGACUGGGAGCCUCAUCUUUGGGUCUUGGAGGGUAUAGCAGUGGAUACGGCACGGGUAACUUGGGUUUGGGAUAUGGCAAGCUGUGAUUUAAUUUUGCAAUAUUAUGUAAAUAAGAUAAACGUUACUAUAUUUUUUUAGUAAUUCACUAUUUCAUUUUAUGUUUCUCAUGGAAAAAUUAUUGGACCUGUUAACUGUAAAGAGAUUACGAUAUUUUGCUAUUUUCUGCUGAAGUUUAAUAUAAAAGAGAACACAAUGCAUAUGCACAUGGAUCUUUUUUACAAAUUCUGUGUAAAACUGAAAAAAUAAAAAAAAUUAUAAAAAAAUA